AUGGUACAGCAACUACCCAGCUCAUUAUCCACUAUGCCAUUCGCUGAAUCUAGUCGUGAUUGGUACCUCGAAGGAAACGUCCUGCACGCGACGUGCCAGGAUAGCGAGGGCGAUUGGGUCGAAUCUUCUUUGGACUUGGACGAUGUUCUCGGCAACAACGAUGGCGAAUUCGAAGCUGGUGCAGAGGGAUUCUCGGCAUCGGCCACUGACGUGCGAAUAGACGUCGACGCUGGUUAUACCAUCCUCCGAGCAUCUCUUCAGCGUGCCGAUGGGGAGUGGAAUGAUGCUACCAUAGACCUCAACUCCUUCAUUGAGAACAAUAAUGGCCAGCUUUCUACCUGA